AUGACUGGUAGCCAGCUGAAUAUGAGCCAGCAGUGUGCCCAGGUGGCCAAGAAUGCCAACGGCAUCCUUCCUGCAUAUCUGGAGAAGGGCAAUGGAGCUGGUGAAGGGUGUGGAAUACAAGUCAGUGAGGAGUGGCCAAGGGUGUUUAGCCUGGAGAAAACAAGGCUCUGGGAGGACCUGAUUGCUGUCUACAACUACUUGAAAGGAGGGUCUGUCAAAUUGGCUGAAGAGUUACACAUGCCUUCCCUGCCAGAGAUGAUGUUUGGAGACAAUAUCCUAAGAAUACAGCAUGAUCGUGGUUUUGGAAUUGAGUUCAAUGCUACAGAUGCUUUAAAAUGUGUCAAUAAUUGUCAAGGUAUGAUCAAAGUCGCUUGUGCAGAAGAGUGGCAGGAGAGCAGGAGUGAGACUGAGCACACUAAGGAAGUUGUCAAGCCAUAUGACUGGACGUACACAACAGACUACAAGGGAACAUUGCUGGGAGACACUGCAACAUUAAAGGUUGUUCCUACAACAGAACACAUAAAUACAGAGAAAUUGAAAGCCAGGGAACAGAUUAUGUUUUUUGAGGAAGUACUUCUGUUUGAGGAUGAACUUCAUGAUCAUGGAGUAUCAAGUUUGAGUGUCAAAAUAAGAGUUAUGCCUUCCAGCUUUUUUGUGCUGUUGAGGUUUUUCUUGCGAGUCGAUGGGGUACUUAUCAGGAUGAAUGACACAAGGCUUCAUCAUGAGGCUGACAAGGCUUACAUGUUGCGAGAAUACACUUCCAGAGAAAGCAAAAUAUCAAGUUUAAAGCAUGUUCCACCUUCUCUGUUCACGGAGCCUAACGAAAUCUCUCAGUAUCUACCCAUAAAGGAGACAAUCUGUGAAAAACUAGAAUUCCCAGAGAAGCUGGAGCCUAAACCAGAAGCCCCACUGGAAACCAUGUGUGUUAAGUCUAAAUAAACGUGACUUUAUAUGGACUCGAAGUAGACUGAAGAUAAUGUGAUCACAUAAUCAUUGUCAAGGGGGGCAUUUCACUGCUAGUGGAAUGAAGAAUUUGGCUAAUUUUUCUGUAGCCUUGAGAGAAAACAUUUCAAGCAGGUUUUGCUAAUGGUGUUUUUUGUGUUUUUUUUAACCUGUAUCUGGAGUUGGUGAUGGGCUGGUGGUGAGUUACAGUUUUCA